AGGACGUGGAUUUGUCAUUCUACCUACCCUCGCUUUUCCUGCAAGUGGAGAAUUUCAUUCUCUGCCAGGUAUUUUAUGGUAGUUCAGGUUUUCUACGAAGCACGUUCAGAUAAGACAGCACGAACAGAUAAGAGAGUAAAUCGUGAGGAAAGUUGUUCCUGGAUUUUGAGAAAAGUGCACAGGAACUCGAAAAGGGUGGUAAAGAACGUGGUUUGACGCCAGGAUCGUGAAUAGGAUAGGAUUUGAAAGUAUAAGAAAAAUUGUAUUCGUUGGUCUAUAAAAAAUAGUAUUCGUUGGUCUAUACUUUGUUUAGUGACGUCACAUAUUUUUUCUGAGUCUGCUUCUUGCAAGAAAAAUGCCACGUCAUUUCCGCAACAUCGAGCUUCGCAAAGAGCUCAAGAAGCGCUUGGGUAAGCUGAAGAGCUGCAACACGAAGUACAAUACGCUUGUGCCGCGCAUCGCUAAUGGCCGUGCCUCUCGUGCGCAGGCUGAUCGCUUAGGCGAGCUGAUCGACGAAGGGAAGUUCCAGGCUCGUAAGGUGCUGAGUUGCGGUCUGAAAAUCAUGAAGAUUGAGGGGAAUCUGAUGAUGAAUCAGCAGAACUUUGGAGCCUUAUUGGGUGGCAACAACAACAGUAUUGCGGCUGGUGUUAACAACAACAACCAGGGUGGAUUUUGGGAUGGUGUGUUGGCUCAGGCUGAUCCGGCUCUGCAGCAGCUUUUGGGCUACACGGGCCCGGCGAAUGGUGCUCCUGCUGUCGCUGCUCCCGGAGGUGGAGCUGUUCCUGGAGGUGGAGCAGUUCCUGGAGGUGGAGCUGUUCCUGCAGGGGCAGCUGCUCUUGGCGGUGGUGUUGCAGCUGCUGGGAAUUUAUCUGCUGAUUCUGCAGAGGAAAUUGGUCCGGGUGACUCCACUCCGGAUUUGUGAGCUGUUGCUGUGUGAUGCAGCGACGUUUACUCUGUUUUUGGCUAGAAGGGUGUAGCAGCGGGAUAUGUGAGGAGCUGAAGCAAUUUGCCGUUAAGGCUGGAGCAAGUCGAAUUGCGAGCAGAGAAAGCAACUUGAGUCGUUUCUACUUGUCUAAAGCACAUAAAGAUAAUUGAUUAUGGAUACGUCCAUCGUGCGGGGGAAGUACUACACGUGGCUAUCUGUUGAGGAUAUAUGGUUCUGUUUAGGAAGUAUGUGAGGGAUCUCAAUGCAUUUGAGGAGGCUUUGCAUUGGUAUGGCGCGGAGACCUAUUUCGUCAGAAAAAUAUACUGUGAAGAUUUUUUAUGCCGGCUGUUUCACAUUGACGGAUUUGCAAUCUGCGAGAAAAUAUAUGAUUUUGCCUUCUUUCAGUGGAGCUUGUGCUGGUGAUGUUCUAAUUGAAAUGAUUUGAAC